CUCCAGCACAGUCAAGUCAGCCACUAACAUCUAAGCAUGAGUGCACCGACAAAUUGGCCCAGUGUCGUCAAGCCAGACGAACCAGGUCUGAGGUUAUGCUACUGUGGAAAAAUAAUAUUCCUAUCAUGAUAGAAGUGAUGCUACUUCCAGACUGUUGCUAUAGUGAUGAAGGGCCCACCACAGAAGGGAGUGAUUUAAAUGAUCCUGCAAUCAAACAAGAUGCAUUGCUGUUAGAAAGGUGGAUUUUGGAGCCAGUUCCCCGACAAAGUGGAGAUCGCUUUAUUGAAGAGAAGACCCUCUUAUUGGCUGUCCGCUCUUUUGUUUUCUUUUCUCAGUUGAGCGCUUGGCUGAGUGUUUCACAUGGUGCUGUUCCUCGUAAUAUUCUGUACAGAGUAAGUGCUGCAGAUGUGGACCUGCAAUGGACUUUUUCCCAGACGCCAACUGAACAUGUGUUUCCUGUUCCUAAUGUUUCUCACAAUGUGGCCUUGAAAGUCAGUGUCCAGUCCUUGCCUAGACAAUCUAACUAUCCGGUUUUGACCUGUAGUAUUCACACCAGCCUGGGCUUUUAUGAAAAGGGAAUACAAGAACAUAAUGUACAUCAGCACUGUGAUUCCAUUGAGAGAGAGCAGCGCAGUGUGUCCAGUUCACAGCGUUCAUGUGGAAAACAAACAUGGACAUUGAUACCUGAAGGCUUGCUUAAUGCAAAAAUAUCCCCUGAAUUUACUACAUCGGUGAGAAACGUAAAACUUUAUCCAGCAACUGGUCUUGGGUCUGCCUUUGGGACAUCACAGUCUAAAGUUCAGUGCUAUAAUGCUAUGGGGGACAAUAAGACACAGCCACAUGAAACAUCAGUCAGAACUUUUAAAUCCUUUUCUUUGGUUGAUCCCCAAGUUCCAAAUAGUCACUGUUCCCGUCAGCCCAUAGGAGAGACUAAUCCUUUGAUAGGUUCUUUACUUCAGGAGCGACAGGAAGUUAUAGCAAGAAUUGCUCAGCACUUGAUUCACUGUGAUCCAUCUACUUCACGUGUUACUGGAUGUCCAUUAAACAUGCAUGAAACCAGUUCAGUUACUUCAAAAGUUUUUUGGAAUAUGUAUGAAGAUGAAGGCUUGCUGAAAAAAGGCAAGGAAACAUCCUCUGUUUCUACUGCUAACACAGAUAUUAUGUUAUCAGAAGACUGCAGUGAAGACCAGACAAGAGCAAUACCAGAGAACCCAUUGGUUGAUUCCCAUGUUCCUAUGAACCACUGUUCUCGUCAGUCCAUAGGAGAGACUAAUCCUUUAAUAGGUUCUUUACUUCUGGAGCGACAGGAAGUUAUAGCAAGGAUUGCCCAACACUUGAUUCACUGUGAUCCAGCUACUUCACACAUUACUGGGCGUCCACUCAAUGUACAUGAAAGCAGUUCAAUCACUUCUAAAGUUUUUCAAAGUUCACAUGAAGAUGAAAACUUGUUGAAGAAAGGCAAGGAAACAUCCUCUAUUUCUUUCUCUAAGUCUGACGUUACCAUAAAAGACAGCAGUAAAGUAAAGACCAGAACACCUGAUACCCCUCUGACAGCUUGUAGACUUGAUGGUGAAUUGAAGGCUUCUCCAAAGCCCCAAGCAAGAAGAAAACUGAUUCUAGCAAAACCCAGUGAAGUUGUCCAAAACACAUUUCAGCAGACUCCAAAUAAAACUACCAAUUCGUUUACUAGCAUAAAUAUAUCAUGUAGCAAAGAAAAUAAAUCUGAACUGCCAGAUAAACUGGAAACAAUACUUUCAGGUUGUCCACAUAAAGACCAAAUGACCAACAAAGGCAUUAGUAAACAGUGUUCAAAUUUCAACACCACUGAUGAACAGAUUUGCAAAAAUAAACUUAAAGAAAGAACAAUCACGAGUGAGAAUAGUCAUGGAGACUGUUUAAUCAAUCCACAGUUAGAUAAAUCCAAAAUACUUGAAGGUACAAAAAAAGCGACACUAAUGCAGGCAUCUAAUAUUUUGCACAAAAAUGAGCUUAAGUGUUUAGACAAAGACUCAAAAAAACCAAAUAUAUGUGAGCAAAAUACCCAACUUGUUAGUAUUGAAAAUUAUUUAAAUAAAGACCAUGACAAUUUCAAAUGCAAAAAUAAGCAAGAUAAACUGAAAACUGCACAUGAUGAGAAUGAAGACCCAACUGACUAUGAAUUUCAAAGCAAUUCCCAGAAGAAAUCUGUAGACGACUAUUUGGCUAGGUGUGAACGACUGAAGAAUGCAGAUGUGCUGAGAAUACCACCACUCAAGCAUUCAAGUAUAUGGCGGAAACACCAUUUUCACUCUAUGGAUGGGACUGUAACCAAGGCUUUCCAUCCUCGAACUGGAUUGCCUCUACUUUCAAGUCCUGUUCCACAGAGAAAAACACAAUCUGGGUGCUUUGAUCUGGACUCAUCUUUGCUGCGAUUGAAAUGUUUGUCUACAAGAAGUCCACAGCAAUGUAUAAACACAGACAGUGACCCAGAAGGCCAUGGGAAACCAUUUCUGAGUUCCAGUGCUCCACCCAUAACAAGUCUUAGCCUUCUAGGAAACUUUGAGGAGUCUGUCUUGAACUAUCGUUUAGAUCCUCUAGGCAUUGUUGAUGGCUUCACUGCUGAGGUGGGAGCAAGUGGAGUCUUCUGUCCCACGCACAUGACUCUUCCAGUCGAAGUGUCAUUCUACAGUGUUUCAGAUGAUAAUGCACCCUCUCCCUAUAUGGGUGUGAUUACUUUAGAAUCCCUUGGUAAAAGGGGUUAUCGGGUACCUCCUUCAGGAACCAUACAAGUGACCUUAUUUAACCCUAAUAAGACUGUGGUGAAAAUGUUUGUGGUGAUCUAUGACUUACGAGAGAUGCCAGCCAAUCAUCAAACAUUCCUACGGCAAAGGACUUUUUCUAUUCCUGUGAGACGAGAAGUAAAGAGAAGUAUCAAUAAAGAAAACAUUCGGCAGACUGAAGAAAGGCUGCUACGCUACCUCAUACAUCUGAGGUUCCAGAGUUCCAAAUCUGGAAAGAUCUACCUCCACAGAGAUGUAAGGCUCCUGUUCUCUCGGAAAUCAAUGGAAGUUGAUAGUGGUGCUGCGUAUGAACUCAAAUCUUACACUGAAUCUCCAACAAACCCUCAGUUUUCACCAAGAUGUUAGCAAGCAGUGAAAAUCAGAGUAUUAAUUGAAUUACCAGAUUACUGUUUACAAGCAAAACUUUGGCAUGGAAUACAGUGUAAAAUUAAAUAUGUAAAGAAAUGAAAGUAGUGCUCAAGUGAGAGUCAAUACUCUUCUGUGAUCCUGGACCAGUUUUUGUAAAAGGUUUCUGGAAUGAGCUUUGUGUAUUCCAAGUAGACUGGAAACAAAUACUUAAAUCUAAUCUUUUUGUACUGUUUAAAACCACUUCAUUGGAUGUGUUGCAAUCGCAAAUUCCCAAGUUAGUUUAGUGUUUACACCUUUUAUUUUAUUUUAUUUUUCAGUUAUUUAAUAUUUAAUGUUUCAUUUAAUACUCAAGUGAUGUUUGUCUUUAGUGUUCUAAUGUAGCACAAAUCCUAUGUAAAAUCAUAUUAUGUAUUUUUGACAUUAAUAAUAUUGAAAUCUGAAAUAUAUACAGAAGUCUUUAAUUUUGCGUGAUGUGUUUUUAAGUGAUAUUCAUUUAAGUUAUUGAAAAUUAGGAUGAAAUUUUGAACUUCCAUAACAUUAUCAUACUAUGCAAGCAUGUGGUUUUCCUUGUUUUCUCUCUCUAAUUUUAGUGACACCCCAUUCUCAUUGCUUCCCACACACAAGUCCUUUUAUAGCACAUGCAGCCAUAAUACAGAAUGUGUUUCUUUAGCUACUCACUAGUUCAAAUCAUUGACCCAGUUCAUAUUUUGCUCCUUUAAUUUUUUUUCCCCCCCCUGAGUGGAUGCUCUACUAAGAACAUUUCUGGUUCUGUUCUAGUUAGUAAAAAAUGUCACACAAAAUUAUUAUCCUAUACCUGAUUUUCUCAAUUGUUUAAAAAUGUACUGUGAAAACAAAUUAGU